CCGAGGGAAGCGCUACCGUUAACAGCCCUGCUAGCGCAGACGGCGAGUGAAACACCGCGCACGAUGGAGGCAGAGGUUCGAGAGCACCAUGAAUGACAAGUACCACAGGGCAGCCCGGGAUGGCUACCUGGACCUGCUGAAAGAGGCGACGCGGAAGGACCUGAACGCCCCCGACGAAGAUGGCAUGACACCGACGCUAUGGGCCGCUUACCACGGCAACCUGGACGCGCUGAGGCUCAUCGUGGCGAGAGGAGGGAACCCUGAUAAGUGUGACAUAUGGGGCAACACACCACUCCAUCUGGCUGCUGCCAAUGGCCAUCUCAACUGCCUGUCCUUCCUGGUGUCGUUUGGUGCCAACACCUGGUGCCUGGACAAUGACUACCACACACCCCUGGACAUGGCUGCCACCAAAAGCCACAUGGAUUGCGUGCGCUACCUGGACUCCAUUGCCGCCAAGCAGACGGCCCUCAACCCCAAGCUGGUGGCCAAACUAAAGGACAGGGCCUUUCGCGAUGCCGAACGCCGCAUCAAAGAUUGCGUCAAACUGCAGCGCAAGCAUCAUCGCCGCAUGGAGCGCAAGUUCCAAAAGGAGGCCACCGAGGCCUCCGUCUCUGAUGCCAUGAGCUUCUCCAGCUACAGCAGCAGCACCCUUAGCCGAAAGCUGCACCACUUUAACACUGCCACCAGUGUGCCAUACUCUCAGGCUACCCUCCAUGCCACGGCCAGGGGCAAAACCAAGAUCCAGAAGAAGCUGGAGAAGAAGAAGCAGGGCGACGGGACCUUCAAGAUCUACGAAGAUGGCAGGAAGAGCGUCCGCUCUCUUUCUGGCCUGCAACUUGGUAAUGAUGUCAUGUUCUUGAAGCAGGGCACCUAUGUGAACCCCAAAGACCGUGGCCGGCGUAACAUCCGCGACAUGUUCCCGCGGGAUGAAGAUGCCAUCUCGCGUGCCAUCAGUGAGCCAGACUUGCACGGGCCUGAUGUGGAUUACUCUGAGAUCAGCACUGACUCAGGCCAUGACUCACUCUUCAACCGCCCAGGUCUGGGCACCAUGGUCUUCCGACGCAACUACGUGAGUAGCGGCCUUUUUGGCAUUGGAGCCCGGGAUGAGGGCAGUUUAGCUGGAAGUGGACGAGCUCCCAACGUGCGUUUGCGCAGCCGGCUCCAGCGCUCCCCCAGUCUGGACGAGGACAGUAUUGGCAGUGCCCGGAGCCUUCAAGAGAGGAACAUUGAGGAGCUUCCCUGGGAUGAGGUGGAACUUGGGCUGGAUGAUGAUGAUGAGCCAGAGAGUAGCCCACUGGAGGUGUUCCUGGCUGCUCAGAGCAUGCAUGAGUUCAUCCCCAUAUUUAAGAGGGAGAAGAUUGACUUGGAAGCGCUGUUGCUGUGCUCUGAUGAUGACCUUAAGGGCAUCCAUAUUCCCCUGGGACCCCGCAAGAAGAUUAUUGAUGCCUGCAAGAGACGCCUGGAGACCAUCGAGGACCCCGACAGCAUCGAGGACACCGAGUUGUAAGUUGCAAACCACAUUAUUUCCAGUCGGAACACAUGUGAAGAGGUGUCAGGUUUCUAAGAAUGAUGUGUUAGGUGAAGUUUACAAUGGUAUAUUCUUAUCCUUAAGCAACG